GUUAGGAUCACCAAGCGGAACGAGUCUUCUUUUCUUCUGUCUUCGGCUUGAAAACUUCUGCAGAAAUCACAGCACAACAAAAAGUGACUGAUGCAUUUACUUGAAGUUAAAGCAUUGGCUGACAUUUUUUGAUACCGUCGCCAUGGCUAACGUCGGGUCUGAAGUGGCCACUGCGACUGGUGCAAGUCGACCGCGGCGGCGAGCCUAUCACACCAAGGCCAGGACGGGCUGUCGAACCUGCAAGAUCCGCAGGGUACGGUGCGAUGAAGGUAAACCUGCCUGUAAUCGGUGUACCUCUACUGGCCGAACAUGCGACGGUUACACGUCUUCCUCGUCCCUGUCACCAUCUUCAUCACCAUCCCCCCUACACUCUGACUCUCCUAGCCCUGUCGCCGAUCUCAAGCUUAUCCUACCACGUCAGAGCCCCGAGGAAGUACGCAGCUACACUUAUUUCCUUGAAGUCACAGCCCCAUCCCUCGCCGGCGCUUUCUACGCCGACUUCUGGCUUGCCGAAGUGCCCCGCGUCUGUCUCUCUGAUGCAGCCAUCUGGCACGCCGUUGUCAGCCUUGGUUCUGCCCAUGAGGACUUUGCAGAAAAUGGACUCGGGUCGCGGAGCAUAUUUGCUCUAAAACAGUUCAACUCGUCUAUCCACUGCCUCACCGAGUCACGAUCGCCGAGACAUGCAGAUCGGUGGAGAGCACUUGUUGUGAGUACUAUAUUCACAUAUGUAUGUACUAUAAAAGGGCUUCAUGAUCAGACGCGCAUACAUCUCCAGGCUGGAUGCAAUCUCCUCCGCGAGCUUCAGGACCAUGGCACCAAAACUUCAAAGCAGGACCAAGUCCAGGAGACUACCAUUGUACCAGUUCCGGUAUCACUUGCUCCGAUACAGUCUAUUCUGAUCAACCUUGAGUUUCAUGCAAAUGCACUUGAUAAUGGCGGCAUUACCGGUAAUCUGACUCUGCUCUCACAAAACAAGACGCUCAACGCAUGGCGAUCGUAUACAGCGCCACGGUCCUCGCCCCGCCUAACAUCAGAAGACGUUAACCAAGCCUAUCGCGCUGCAGAGUCUUUGAUGAGUGGACUAGUCCUGUUCUCCCAAGAGCAUGCCAAACAUCUCGGGGAUCUUCAGACUGGCAAGUCCGGACCUGAAGGGCUGUCCAUGUUGGUCGCGCGACAGGAGGUGCAUACACGAUGCUUCAACGAAAUCAGGAAAGCAAUCAGCAUGUUCCAAUAUGACAUAGCCCGAAGCUCAGGACCUGCAACCCAAUUAGAAGAGCAUACUAUUCUCCCUUUGCGCCUCUUGUAUAACACCAACCGUCUCCUACUUAUUCAAGAUCCCGAUGAGCCUGACAUGGUCGAUCGUCAACAUGGCUUGCCUGACCUGUACACCUCUAUAGUUGACCUCGCUGAAGAAAUCAUGGAUCUUGAUCCUAUCAAGACUCGCAGGGUAUCUUACACUCAGCAACUCUUCUUAGUCGCUCACAGCGGCAUCGGACAGGCAACCCGCCAGCGUGCUGUGGAUCUUCUCCGGCGCCCGCGGCUAGAGGGUGGUUGGGAUAGUGUCAUCUCUGCAAGUCUUGCCGAAGCGAUUAUGCAGAGAGAGAGAGAGGCGGCUUGGGAAUACUUAGUGGAGCAAGGCUUGGAUACUGAGACCGUUGGGCAUGAAGGAGAGGAGGAGAUCAAUCCAAUGUUUCGCAUAUUUAACAUUACAUUUGUUUUUACGGGGAGAAGAGAGGCGCGUGUUGUCCUACGGACGUGGCGGGAGAAACUCAACGAUGUCGCUGGGCGGGGAAGGGUAAUACGGUGGUGAUGAUUUUUCCAUCGGACUACUUUGACGCCUGCUCGGAUGACACCUCCCUGUGACGAUUGAGCUGUUGGUAUUGCAUUGGCCAAGAUAUCGGUAACUACUUCCAGAUCCUCAGAGAAACUUUAGCAAAUUUCUAUUUAUUUAGAAAUACUGUUGCCGCUGCAGACAGCUUGAAAGCCCCCAGCCGCUACACCCCGCCCCAGAAGUCUUGGUAUCUUCGCUCAGCCUUAUUGCCAAG